AUGUAUAUAGUUAUAAUUAUUUUACCUUUAUUAGGUUCAAUUUUUUCAGGUUUUUUUGGAAGAAGUUUGGGUACUAAAGGAUCGCAAUUAAUUACAUCUAGUUCUAUUAUAGUGACAACUUUAUUAGCUUUAUUAGCUUUUAUAGAAGUAGGUUAUAAUAAUAUACCAGUAACUAUAGAUUUAAUAAGAUGAAUAGAUUCAGAAUCUCUUAAUGUAUAUUGAGGUUUUUAUUAUGAUAGCUUAACUGUUUCUAUGCUUAUACCUGUGUUAAUUGUUUCUAGUCUAGUUCAUAUAUAUUCUAUAGGUUAUAUGAGUCAUGAUCCACACAAUCAAAGAUUUUUUAGUUAUUUAAGUUUAUUUACUUUUAUGAUGAUUAUUCUAGUAACAGCUAAUAAUUAUUUAUUGAUGUUUUUAGGUUGAGAAGGUGUUGGAGUUUGCUCAUAUUUAUUAAUAAAUUUUUGAUUUACUAGAAUAGCAGCAAAUCAAAGCUCAAUUUCAGCUUUUUUAACUAAUAGAGUUGGUGAUUGUUUUUUAAUGAUAGGUAUGUUUAUAAUUAUAUGAUCUUUUGGUAAUAUAAAUUAUUCUACAAUAUUUUCUUUAGCUCCUUAUUUAAAUAGCAAUAUUAUUACUUUAAUAGGUAUUUGUUUAUUAAUAGGUGCUAUGGCUAAAAGUUCUCAGAUAGGUCUUCACGUUUGAUUACCGCAAGCCAUGGAAGGACCUACACCAGUAUCUGCUCUAAUUCACGCUGCAACAAUGGUUACAGCUGGUGUAUACUUAUUAAUGAGAUCUUCACCUUUAAUAGAAUAUAGUUCUACUGUAUUAUUACUAUGUUUAUGAGUAGGUGGAAUAACAACUAUAUUUAGUUCAAUUAUAGGUUUAUUUCAACAAGAUAUUAAGAAAGUUAUAGCUUAUUCUACUAUGAGUCAAUUGGCUCAAGAAUAUACUAUUCAUUCUAGUAUAUUCAGGCAUCAAACUAUAUGCCAAUUAGGUAUGAUGGUUAUAGCAAUCGGUUUAUCUUCAUAUAAUAUUGCCUUAUUUCAUUUAGUAAAUCAUGCUUUUUAUAAAGCACUUUUAUUUUUAGGUGCUGGUGCAAUUAUACAUUCAGUAUCAGAUAAUCAAGAUUUUAGGAAAUUUGGAGGGUUAAAGGCUUUUUUACCUUUAACUUAUUCAGUUAUGUUAAUAGCUUCUUUAAGUUUAGUUGCUAUUCCUUUUAUGACAGGGUUUUAUUCUAAAGAUUUUAUUUUAGAAUCCGCUUAUGGUCAAUUUUAUUUAUCUAGUAUUAUUGUCUAUAUUUUAGCUUCUGUUGGUGCAAUUUUUACUACAUUAUAUUCAGCUAAAGUUUUAUAUUUAACUUUUUUAACUAAUCCUAAUGGACCUUUAAUUACUUAUAAAAAAGCUGAUCAAGGUGAUUUAUUUAUUAAUUUACCUCUAAUUAUAUUAGCUAUUUUAUCUAUUUUUUUUGGUUAUUUAACUAAAGAUUUGUUUAUAGGUUUAGGUACUGGGUUUUUUUCUGAUAAUAGUUUAUUUAUUCAUCCUUUACAUGAAUCUAUGUUAGAUACUGAAUUUGCUGUUAUUACUUUAUUUAAAUUAUUACCUUUUAUUCUUACAAUUAGCUUGAGCUUUCUUUCUUUGCUUUUAUCAGAAUUUUUUGGUUUAUUUGUUAUUAAAUUUAAAUAUACUAAAUUAGGUUAUAAUUUAUUUGGUUUCUUUAAUCAAAGAUUCCUUAUAGAACUUUUUUAUAAUAAUUAUAUCACUGAUAUUGUUUUAAAAUUAGGUGGUCAAACUACUAAAAUUCUUGAUAAAGGUUCUGUUGAACUAUUAGGACCUUAUGGUUUAGAAAAAAGUCUUUUAGUUUUAAGUAACGGUAUAGGUAAUUUAAGUACAGGUAUUAUAACAUCAUAUGGUUUAUAUAUUUUAAUAGGUUUCUUUUCGUAUAUUUCUUUAUUUUAUUUUAGUUUUAUAGAUGGAAAUAUUUUAUUACUUUUACUGAUUGCUAUUUUUACUAUUUUUAAUAAAACUUAUAAUGAAAAUUAA